ACUACCUGACUACAUAUACGUUACACCAGACACCAAACACUUGUAUCACUUAAAGAAAGGAGAAAUUACAAUCAACUUUGCUAAUUUGCUUUUCUAAGGCAUUUCCAUAAAAAAACUUGUUGCAAAAUAACGAUGAUGAUGGAUGGUCCCAUGAUCAAUGAAUUUGUCAAAACCACCGAAGCUUUUAACAAAUGUGUGGACGAAAGAUUCAAGAAGCUUGAUGUUGAUGAAGAUGGUGUUAUCUCUCGUAAUGAUCUUCUAAAUGAAGGACUUGGGAGGUGGAUUCGAGCAUUGGAUGAUGAUGCUCAUACUGAUGAGGAAGUUAAGAAAUCUUAUUACUCAAUCUUUGAAAAAUUCCAUGUUGAUGAAAUAAAUUCAGUUAAUCUCGAGAAAUUUAGGUUGAUAAUGAAGGAAAUUAUGCUAGCCCUAGUUCGAGGGAUUGGCGACACUCCUGUGGGAAUGCUCCUAAAUGAUGAUAGCCUACUUUUGAAUGUUUGUGUUCAUAAGAAUUAGAUUUUGGAGUAGGUUUUGUAGGUAAUGAUAGAGAAUUAGAAAUGCGUUAUAGAUUGCUUGUUUUUUUGAAGGUAAUAUCUAGAUUGGUUUGUUGAUUUAUUUGUUUGGUAUUUCCAUAUUAGUAAUUUGAUUAUGAUUCCUUUGUGUUGAUUUAUUGUUGCUAAUUUGAUUGUGAAGGGGAAUAUUAUUUUAAGAAAAUUAUUAGAACUUGUCUAUCUUCAAUCAAGUAUGAUUGAUAUGCCAUAUGCAAAUUGCUAAAUAGCCUUGUCAUGAUGAAAAAGAAGAUUAACUAAAGUUUAGAGCACUAGUCUACACAAAUUAUUAAAAAAAACUCAAAAAAGAAAAAAUCAAGUUAGUUUGUUGGUUGAUCCAGUUCCAAACAAAUGUUAAAAGUUCUCAGGAUUGAAGGUCUUAUAUUUGAUUUUAUCUCUACUACAUUGUUGAUGCUAAUCUCUAUUAUAUAAGUCACUAAUUUUUGGAUCCGUUCCAAAAAAUGUAUGGGAACUUUUUUGUUUAGUAAGGAUUUUUGUAUACCAACUAGAGUAAAAACAUAUA